UCGGCACGGGAAGAUUUCGUCACCAGCAACCUUGAGUUGAGAGAGCUUUUCGUCGAUUCGAAUCGAAUCGAGAAGAAAAGGGGAAAGGGUCGCAACUGAUCGAGCUGAUCUCAUCGGUCGAUCGGAUUCGAUUCCAUGGAGAGGGGUUGCAAUGGCAAUGGCGGCGUGAAGGUGACCUUCAUCGAGACGCAGUUCGUCACCUCCGACGCCGCCGGGUUCAAGUCGCUCGUGCAGCGCCUCACCGGCAACGACGCAGCCGUUGCGACCGCGCCGUCGCUCGAGAGGCCGCGGCCGUGCCGGCGGGGGGUCGACGGGUGGAGGGGAGCCGAGGCGACGGUGGGGGUGGGGCUGCCGGCGGCGCCGGCGCCGUGGAUGGAUGAGAUUGAGAUGAUGAUGCUGUACGAGACUUGCGACCUCGCCGAUAUGCUGUGCGUCGAUGUCGCCGCGGGCGGAGGAGGGUGCCACGGCGGCGGCGGCCGGCGAUGAGCUAAGCCGUUAGUUUUGGAUGCUCUCUCUCUCUCUCUCUCUCUUUCCUGAAAUUCUCUGUAUAUUGCUCCAUGCCUCGUUGUACCCUAUGUUUGGUUGCAAUCAGGCCAUGUAAUUCCCGUUCAAUCAUGAAUAUGAAUAUUGUAGCCGAUGAGUCAGAGGAUUAUGGAGCUAGAUAUAAACUGAGAUACGCGAGAUUUUCUCUAUUUUA